AUUUUAAAAAAUAUUUCCAUAUUUCGGACUGGGGCACCAAAUCCUUUCGAGGAUUCCCUGGGGACUCUGUGAGUUUCUCAGAGCCUAAAAUCCUUAAUGACACAGAACAACGUUUUCCAAAUUCAAAGUAGCAAAGAGAACUCAUGUCUUUCUCUCCUUCCUCCUCCUCUUCUUCUGUACAAACUCUACUCAAAAGUGGGUUCUCUCCAACUCUCAAAUCCAUCAACCAAUUUCUCCACUUUCUCUCAAAAUCCCACAAAUACGAAUUGAUCACUCACUUUUUCUGUCAAAUUAAUCGAAACAAGAUCAAAUGCAACCCCCAAACUCAUUCAGUUUUCACCUGUGCUCUCCUCAAACUCGACAAAUUUGAAGAAGCAGAGCAUUUUAUGAAGACCCAGAUGGAGAAAUCUUUAAAAGUUUCAGGAUUUGGCGUCUGGGAUUCUUUAAUUCGAGGUUUUAGUGUCAAUAAAAAGGACCCUGAGAAGGGUUUGUCGAUACUAAAAGAUUGCUUGAGGAAUUAUGGUAUUGUGCCUUCUUCUUUUACUUUUUGUUCACUGAUUCAUAGUUUUAGUUAUAAAGGAAAUAUGAGUGGAGCAAUUGAGGUGUUAGAGUUAAUGAAGGACGAGAAAGUUAGAUACCCUUUUAAUAAUUUUGUUUGUAGUUCAAUCAUUUAUGGGUUUUGUAGGAUAGGAAAGCCAGAACUUGCUAUUGGGUUUUUUGAAAAUGCUGUAAAGGUUGGAGCUUUAAGGCCCAAUGUUGUGACAUAUACUACACUUGUGAGUGCACUUUGUAUGUUAGGUAGAGUUAGUGAGGUCUGUGAUUUGAUUUGUAGGAUGGAGAAGAAAGGACUGGCAUUUGAUGUUGUCUUUUAUAGCAAUUGGAUUUGUGGGUAUUUUAGGGAAGGGAUGUUAAUGGAAGCGUUACGAAAGCAUGGGGAAAUGGUGGAAAAAGGAAUAAAUCUGGAUAUGGUAAGCUAUACUGUACUCAUUGAUGGUUUUUCCAAGGGAGGGAAUGUGGAGAAGGCGGUUGGUUUUCUAGACAAGAUGAUUCAAAAUGGUUCAAGACCCAAUUUGGUUACCUAUACUUCAAUUGUGAUGGGGUUUUGCCAGAAAGGAAAAAUGGAUGAGGCGUUUGCAGCAUUUAAGAUGGUUGAAGAUAUGGGAAUGGAAGUGGAUGAGUUCGUUUAUGCUGUUUUGAUUGAAGGGUUUUGUAGGGAAGGAGACUUUGAUCGUGUUUAUCAGUUGCUUCAGGACAUGGAGCUUAAGAGGAUUAGUCCAAGCAUUGUUACAUAUAAUACUUUGAUCAAUGGGUUGUGCAAGAGUGGGAGGACAUUAGAAGCAGAUGAAGUCUCAAAAAGGAUACAAGGAGAUGUAGUUACAUACAGUACCCUGUUACAUGGGUACACAGAGGAAGAGAACGGUGCAGGGAUUUUGGAAAUUAAAAGGAGGUGGGAAGAAGCUGGAGUUUGCAUGGAUAUUGUAAUGUGUAACAUACUUGUCAAAGCACUUUUUAUGGUUGGUGCAUUUGAAGAUGUGUAUGCACUGUACAAAGGAAUGAAAGAAAUGGAUUUGGUUGCAGAUUCAGUUACUUAUUGUACAUUGAUCGAUGGAUAUUGUAAAUCCAGUAGAAUUGAUGAAGCACUUGAGAUAUUUGAUGAGUUUAGGAAGACGUUAGCUUCUUCAGUUGCAUGCUACAAUUGUAUGAUUAAUGGGCUGUGCAAGAAUGGUAUGGUGGAUGUGGCCACAGAGGUAUUCAUUGAACUCAGUGAGAAAGGUUUGACUUUUGAUGGGGGCAUCUAUAUGACUUUAAUCAAGGCAAUAGCUAAAGCAGAAAGCAUGGAGGGAGUUUUGAAUCUAAUUUAUAGAAUUGAGAAUCUGGGAUUGGACAUUUAUGACACUCUAUGCAAUGACACAAUCAGUUUUCUGUGCAAGCAGAAAUGUCCCCUGGCUGCAACUGAAGUGUUCAUGGUGCUCAGGAAGAAUCAGUUGAUUGUUACAUGUACGUCUUACUAUUCAAUUUUGAAAGGGCUUAUUGAUGAUGGAAAAAUAUGGCUGAGUAAGCUCUUACUAGGAAGUUUUAUGAAAGACUAUGGCAUUUCAGAACCUAAAUUAAGUAAGAUACUGCUGCAUUACCUCAGUCUGAAAGACAUUAACAGUGCACUUUGUUUUCUGAGUAAGAUGAAGGAGAAUGAUUCAUCUGUCACUUUUCCUGUUUGUGCUUUAAAAGUACUUAUGAAAACUGGUAGAUUUUUGGCUGCCUAUGAACUUGUCAUGGGAGCUAAACAUAAUCUACCAGUUAUGGAUGUGGUUGAUUACUCUAUCAUUGUUGAUGGCCUUUGCAAAGGAGGGUAUCCUGUCAAGGCUUUGGAUCUCUGUGCUUUUGUUGAAAAGAUGGGUGUAAUUUUUAACAUUAUAACUUAUAAUUCAGUCAUAAACGGACUGUGCCGACAGGGUUGUCUUGUUGAAGCGUUUCGGCUAUUCGAUUCAUUAGAGAAAAUCAACUUGAUUCCCUCAGAAAUAACAUAUGCGACACUCAUUGACAACUUAUGUAAAGAAGGAUAUUUGGUGGAUGCCAAGAAAUUACUUGAGAGGAUGCUUCUCAAGGGCUAUAAAGGAAACACACGCAUCUAUAACUCAUUCAUUCACGGUUACUGCAAGUUUGGACAACUAGAGGAAGCUUUGAUGAUUCUGGAUCAUAUGGAGAUCAAAUACCUUGUUCCUGAUGAAUUUACUGUCAGUUCUGUGAUUUAUGGUUUUUGUCAAAAGGGUGACAUGGAAGGGGCUCUAGGAUUUUAUUUUGAACACAAGGGGAAAGGUAUAUCCCCUGAUUUCUUGGGUUUUCUGCGUUUGAUAAGAGGCCUUUGUGCAAAGGGGAGGAUGGAAGAGGCCAGGAGCAUUUUAAGAGAAAUGCUUCAGUCACAAUCUGUUAAGGAGCUUAUAAACAGAGUCAACACAGAGGUGGAAACAGAAUCAAUAGAAAGUAUUCUUGUCUUUUUAUGUGAGCAGGGAAGUAUCAAGGAAGCAGUUACUGUACUCAAUGAAGUUGGCUCUGUGUUUUUUCCUGUUGAAAAGUGGUUUGGCCCUUUUCAUGAAUCUCAAGAACUGCUGCCACUUUCAGAGUUGAAUGGUUUUAGUAGUGUUUCUUCCAGCACUGUAUCUUCUUGUGAAAGAAAUGAUUUGGAUUUGGCAUCUGUGAAUAAAGUAGAUAACAUGGUGGAGAACCCUGGUGAUUUGAAGAGGUUUUCUCAAUGUAAUUUCUUUGACUCUUAUUACUCUCUCAUCGCACCACUCUGCUUGAAAGGGGAGCUACGGGAGGCUAAUAUAUUAGCAAAGGAGAUGCUUGCUAGUUUGGAUGGAGAUUGUUAAUGGAUUACACAUUGUUUGGUUCUACCAAGUUCACAGUUUCUUCCUCCCAUGCAGAACAUGUAACCUCCCUAUUACAAAUUUCAGGGAAUGGUGAGGCUAGGAAAUUGAAUGAAUGAAGCAGCAUCACUCGCUUCAGCAAUCUCAUUUUGUUUAAGGAUGUCUUGAUGGGAUUGCUUUUUGUUGAGGUGAUUCUGGGAGGCUGGACUUUCGUGUUCUGGAAUGGUUCAACAGCGCUUGCAUGAGCUGAAGAUGGAUUUAAUAGAGGCGUAGCAGGGAUCUUUCCUAUUUCAUUGGCCCUAUCUGUCCUAAUUGCCAUGGAGACCAUAGUGCCUGUCAAUCCAACAUGCUUGGGGUUUUGAAUUUUGUCAUUUCGCAUCUUAUGAUGAAAAUCAGCAGGGUUUAGGUUCUCUCUAUAACUUGCUUUCUUCUAUGGCUGUAAUGUAACCUCCUUUUUUAUGGUUUUUCUUGGUGGGGUUGCCUCUAACGUCCAAAAUUGCUAGAUAGAAUCGGAGAGGGUUCUGCUCUUACACUUGUGAUGGUUUGUGAAAAUUGGCAGGGACACUCCAAUGUUUCUUCUGCAAAGCUAGGAUGAGUCCGUAUAAAAAGAUGCAUUGCAUGAGGGGAUCAAGAGAUGUUAUUCCGAUCCACACAGUGGGGUGUCUAGCAACAAAGUUUGGAUAUUUAGGCGUCUGAGUUGGCUGCUGACACAACAAGAUGAUGCCUUUCUGCAUGGCGUCUUCUGGCAAUGUUUCUGCGUUGGUUUUCCAGGAAUGUAAUCUUCUGCAUUCAAUAUCAGAAAUAUAAUCUUGUGAUCAUAGUUCAACCUGGCCAAAUCAGAUAAUGUAAAUUAUAGUUUUUGUGAUCA